AUGGGGCGGGUGGAACAGGCCAGUCACCCGCCGGCGGAGAGGCCGCGGGCCCCGGGCGGGAUAGGACUGGGGCGGGGCCACGCUCCCGGCGGCGGGCAGGGCCUGGCCUCUCGGCGGGGGGCGGGCCAAGCUCUCCGGGGGGCGGGGGCGGGGCCUGGCCUUUCGGCAGGGGGGCGGGCCCGGGAUCUCCGCGGGGGGCGGGGCGCGCCGGGAAAAGUUCCGGGAAGGUGGGCCUCCCGCCCAGGCCCGGCGCGGAAGUUGCCGGCGGCCCGUGCCCUCCCGGCCAGGCCCGGAGCCAUGUCGUCUGGGAACGCGGGGUCCGGCGGGCGGGAGGGCGCCCCGCGAGCUGCUGUCGCGCUCUGCGGCCUGUACCACGAGGCGGGGCAGCGGCUGAGGCGCCUGCAGGACCAGCUGGCCGCCCGGGACGUCCUCAUAGCGCGCCUCCGCGCCCGUCUGGCCGCGCUCGAGGGGGACACGGCGCCGUCGCUCGUGGACGCGCUGCUGGAGCAGGUGGCGCGCUUCCGGGAGCAGCUGCGGCAGCGGGACGGCGGCGCCGCGGAGGCCGCGCUGCGCCAGGAAAUCGAGAGACUUUCCAAGCAACUAGAAGAAAAAGAGAGGGAGACGCAGCAGCUGAUGAGCCAGCCGGAGCAGGAGCAGGAGAAGGAAGUGGCCCUGCUGAGGAGAAGCGCAGCACAGAGGGGGCGGGCCCGGGCCGCCAGCGACAUUCUGUGCCGCUCCUUGGCCGACGAGACCCAUCAGCUGCGGAGGACUCUGGCUGCCACCGCCCACAUGUGCCAGCAUCUGGCCAAGUGUCUGGAUGAACGCCAGCGCACACAGGGGGACGCGGGGGAGAGGAGCCCUGAGCCAGCGUGUGCAGAUGGGGACGGCUCUGUCCACGCGGUUGUUGAGAAGUUACGGGAGGAGAAUCGACUGUUGAAGCAGAAGGUGACUCACGUGGAAGACCUCAAUGCCAAGUGGCAGCGCUACGACGCCAGCAGGGACGAGUACGUGAGGGGGCUUCACGCACAGCUGAGGGGGCUGCAGGCCCCCCUCGAGGCUGAGGGGCCCUCCCCGCCCGAGCUGAUGAAGAAGGAGAUCUCCCGACUCAACACACAGUUGGAGGAGAAAAUCAACGACUGUGCAGAAGCGAGGCGGGAGCUGGCGGCCGCGAGCAGGGCCCGGGACGCCGCGCUGGAGCGGGUGCAGAUGCUGGAGCAGCAGAUCCUCGCGUACAAGGACGACUUCACGUCGGAGAGGGUCGACCGGGAGCGGGCUCAGAGUCGCAUCCAGGAGUUGGAGGAACGGGUGGCCUUGCUGCAGCGCCAGGUACCCUGGAAACAGGAUCCUCGAGAGCCAGGCUCUUGCCGGAUUCACACUGGGGGCAAAACUCCCGGGUACUUAGAGACUGGCGCUUCGGAGCUUGUGGCGCCCGGUGGCUGGAGGCCUGGGAUGGGAUCCCAGCGGCCAGAACUCCCCGCAGAGGGCGGGGGCCCCGGAGCAACCCGGAGAGGCCAGGGGGACCUUCGGUGCCCUCACUGCCUGCAGUGCUUCAGCGAUGAGCAGGGGGAGGAGCUCUUCCGGCACGUGGCCGAGUGCUGCCAGUGAGCGCGCGCGGGUGCUCCCAGCACGCAGCAUCGGGAUGCGGGGCCCCCAGAACAGGCUGGGGGCGCUUCUGAGCCUUCCCCUUGGUCCCCCUUGGGUCAGGGGGCACUUCCGCUGGGGCUGGAGGGAGAGGUGGGGUUGGGAGCAUUCGUGCCCAGGAGGGCGCAGCCUCGCCUCUGGUGUGGAGUUGGGACGUCCCAAGCUGUCGGGCCGAGGCCGUGCUGACGUGGCGUGGGGUUCUCCCAGGCCCGCAGGACAGCCCUGCCCCAGCCGCACCUGGGGACGCGGCGGCCGCCCGUGGGAAGCGCGCCCACGCCCACCAGCUGAGCGCUGUGCCUGCACUGAAACAAGGCUGCACUGCAAGAGUGUGUGCCGCAUAUCCAGAACUUAAACGUGUUCAUGUCACAUGACUUAUUUUUGUAAUAAAUGCACUUGCUACAGCGA